ACAUAGAGCAAGAUAGGCUUACAUCAUAGAGGAUGGACUUUCAGCCAAUUGCAGUGUAGUGAGCGGUUUACUGAUGGUGUAAUGAAAUUAGGAGUUUAGCUCAAUGGUUAACAUCAGUGUUGAGCCGUAGUGUAAACUUACACACACAACAGAGGUUGAAGUGUGACUUUUGAUAUUGCGCCAUCCAAGAAGGGUGUCACACUCAGCCGGAGCUUUUGAAGGAAAUGGUACAUCAGGUCACCUCGGGGGCUUGGACAACUAUCUCCACACUGGGAUAUUACUAGGUGCAGUGAAUUCUCAACACUUUGUCUUUUAUAUUCUCAGCACUGUGGGUAUAAGAUCAUGGAGAAGGAAGAGGUGGAGGCAAAUGGUGUUACCACCAAGGAGGAACCAGUUGCUGGUACCACCACGAAAGAGGAAGCAGUGAGUGUGAGCCCUAAAUACGUGAAUGACAAAAAUGAAGACAAAGUCAUGAAAACUGGGGGACACAUUACCACCGAGGAAGAUGAGAUCGGCGAGACAGACAUCAAUGGUAAUCAUCAGACAGACGAGGAAGAUCUUGGGUAUAUUGUAAGAAGUGAGAAGGAGUGGGCAAGACGACAUCGUUUUAUGUCAAUUGAUAGAUUGAACAUCUUCAGUGAUGCUGUAUUCGCUGCUAUCACUACUUUCAUGGUGGUGCCGUUAAAGGAGGAAGUACAUGGAUAUGAACCAACUGAGAAUUUAUGGAGUAGUUUGCUCGCUGAUUGGUACCGAUUCUUAAUAUUCGUUAUUUCGUUUUGGAUAGUAUCGGCUCUUUGGCAGGACCAUGUUUGGAUUUUACAGAACGUUGAACACGUUGGCGAUAUUGGACUCAUAUUGAAUGUGAUCUUUCUGAUGAUAUGUUCACUUAUUCCAUUUUUGGCGGUCAUCAUGGGGAACUACUACCAAUAUGCUUUGUCAGCACAGCUAUGCGGAAGCUGCGUUUUACUGCUGACCUUACUGCAAGGCCUCAUGAUUAUUUUUGCAUUCCGAGGGAAAAAAAUGCUUUCAGGUGAAUUUGUCGAAGGAGGGACAAAGCUUCGUGACGAGCUUCUCAUAAUAACUGGCCUGAAGGUUCUUCUGUGUGUUUUGUCUAUAGGGAUAGCUGAGGUCAACGUUCCAGCGGCAUUAGUGCUACUAGUACUAGUACUUACCAUGUUUGCAGAUUGGGUGUGUAUUACAGCCAUUGGACUCUACAGAAAAUGGAGAGACAGUUCAUUCAACACAGAUCUCAGCAGUCAUUUAUCCCGUCGACUCGUCUUAGAAAAUAUUGACAUGGGUCGAACACAGACUUUUACAGAUGGAGUUUUCAUCAUCGUGGCCACACUGAUUAUACUGGAUAUCACUACGGAAUCCUUAAGGGACGGCGAGGUCGAUGUGGAUGAGAAUAGUUUAUUGGAGACUCUUCAGAGGAACAAGGAACCCAUCCUAUCCUAUCUCUCAACCUUUCUGACCGUUGGUAUGAUCUGGUAUAUCAAUUACUCAAUAUUUUACUAUUUACAAAGACUAAGUCGGCUUCUGCUUUUCCUGAACCGAAUGUCGCUUUUAUUCGUCAGUGUCCUUCCUCUUGGUUUUCAGCUUAUCUCAGUGUUUUCAGUUAAUGAAGCUGACAGGAAUGAGAACAAUGCAGUUCGGUUUCACUGUGUUCUCAUUUUCUUCGCAACUGCCUUCCAGGUCGUCUUUUGGUUAGUCGCACAUUGGAGACGGGAUAAACAUUUUUCGUCGAAGUAUCAUGGAAUGCAUAAAAUGCGAAUGUUGUGUCUCUUGCUGAUAUAUCCGUCCAUGAGCUUGAUGCUGUUCUGUGCUUCUUUCAUUGAUAGAGUCUUCAAAGCAAAUGUCAUCCAUUUGGCGGAAUUACUGGUACCCGUUGCAUUCAUCUUAAUGAAAUUUGCAUUCGAAUUAACAUUGCACUUUAGGCGGAGUCACCGUAAGCCAGGAGUUUCUAACUUGAGUAUGGAACGAACGGAAACGCAAAAUGGCAAGAAUAAUUUAGGAUUCAGUCACCCGGGCCCAAAUUCCUAAUACAUGUAGGCCGCCGUUUUGUGCUUACGGGUUCUCCCUCAGCAGAAUUUCUAUUUCACCGUCAGCAAGGGUAAAAUGAUGCUGGCUAACCCGCGUUUAAGCACACCAGUGACGUAACAAUACAUUGUGAAUGUUCCGCUAUAACUUGGUGAAAUGCGUUUAUGCUUACGCAUAUUAUUUCUGCUACAAUAAUGAAAUUUGGCCCAUAUGAAUACCACAAUAGGUGACCAGCAAGGUGAUGACUGACAAGUCAUAAUUCAGAUCUGCUCGAAACUUAAUGGACUAUACAGGGUAUGUAGAGCUGAUUAAACAGUCGCAGACCAUCUUUAGGUUUCGUGAAUCCCAGGUUAAAAAAAAAAAGAUUAUCCAUAAAAUCCAUGAAAUAAUAAAGCUGUGUAAAUUCAGGGUCAGGCUUAUCCAGUGUGCGACUAAGGAGACAAUACUUAAGAAAAAUAAUUGUUAGCAUAAAAACUUACUUGGUAACAAGCAAUGAGAGCUGUUGAUAGGAUAAACAU